UAUAAUACAUUGACACUUGACAUAAUAUUUUUGCACUAUACUAUUUAUACACCAACGUUACUAUCAUUAUUAUCCACAUAUAUGGUACAUAAAAGGUUUAUCUAGUUUUAUCAGUGUUUUUUAAAGAAUAUAAGAAGGAUGGUGCUACGCAGUGGUUCAUGAAAAAAGAAAAAAAUAAAAAUAAAAUAAAAUAAUCCUGCUACAGAAUGAUUUGGAUAAACAUAAGAUCAAAAUAUUUAAGUGUAAAAAAAAAUGUAUUGUUACUAUUUAAGAAUAAUCUUUAACAGCAAUGUUUAUUGGUAAAAAGCAGAGAGGCACGGCAUAAGCAACUAUUGGCCAUGGCAACCACGGCCGACAGUAUCACAGUUGCCGAUUUUAUUUUUUACAAUAAUUUUGAUUCCGCAAACCUAGCUAAGGUUGAACAAGUUAACGCACAAGAUAUUGUGGAUCAAGAUGUUGGUGAGGCAAUUGUUAAUAAAUCAAAUAAAGUGCCUGAAGAUCAGCAACCAGAAUACGAAUUCAAUGUUUGGACCAAACAUGAUUGUCAUGGAACAGAAUUCCAGAAUAAUAACCGCACAUGGUUUUAUUUUGGUAUUAAAUCACCUGCUCAAGGUAUUGUCGUUAAGUUCAAUGUGAUAAAUCUUAAUAGACAGUCAAAGAUGUUCAGCCAAGGAAUGUGUCCAGUUUUUAAAGUCAUUCCGGGUCAUCCUCAUUGGGAGAGAAUACGAGAUAAACCGACUUAUACAAUGGACCAAAAAGGCAGCGAAUUUACACUUUCAUUUAUUAUUCGCACUCCAGAAAAUCCUAAAGCCGUCAUGUAUGUCGCGUUCACAUAUCCAUUUACAUACGCUGAUCUUCAACAUUAUUUAAACAGAAUUGAUGCACGAAUAUCUAAACAAAAUUCAUCAAAUGCAGAUGCUAUUUAUUAUCAUCGAGAGUGUGCUAUUAAAUCAUUAGAAGAUCGCCGACUUGAAGUACUGACUAUUAGUUCUUAUCACAAUAUUUCAACGGAAAGAGAAGAUAAUCUCAAAGGUUUAUAUCCAGAACCUGAGGAAAAAAGGUCAUUUAAAUUUCGAGGAAAAAGAAUUGUUUUUGUUAGUGCACGUGUUCAUCCAGGUGAAACCCCGUCCAGCUUUGUGUUCAAUGGAUUUUUGAAUUUUUUACUCAAUUUAGAAGAUCCAAUAGCUAUAAUAUUACGCCGUAUUUAUGUGUUCAAAUUAAUACCUAUGCUUAAUCCUGAUGGUGUCGCUCGAGGUCACUAUCGCAUGGAUACACGUGGUGUUAAUCUUAACAGGGUAUAUCUUAAGCCUUCAUAUAAAAAUCAUCCAACUAUUUAUGCCGCCAGAAGUCUCAUAAGAUACUAUCACAACUUUUGUGAAGAAAUAGUGGAAAUUGAUUCGUUUGAUGAUAUGACGUCGGAACUUGAUAAAAAGGGUAUGGAAAUCGUAAAUGUAAUGACAGUAGACAAACAUAAUUGCCUUCACCAACCAGACACCUAUUGUGAAAGUUCAAAAAAAGAUAUUGAACUGAUAAAGCCAAGUAAAGAAGAAUCAACUGAAUCUCAAAAUAAAAUAUCAACAGCAGAAGGGGUUGACGAAACAAGUAUUAAAAAUGUCUGCACUAUCGGUAAUCCUCCAAGAAGUUCGGAAGAUUCUGGAUUAUUUUUAUACGUUGAUCUUCAUGGCCAUGCUUCCAAAAAGGGUAUAUUUAUGUAUGGAAAUUAUUUUGAUGAUCCUGACGACACGAUAAUGUGUAUGCUAUUGCCAAAAUUAAUGUCAAUCAACAAUGCAAACUUUCACUUUACAUCGUGUAAUUUUACGGAAAAAAAUAUGUAUCUUAUUGACAAAAGGGACGGAAUGUCUCGUGAAGGGUCAGGAAGAGUUGCUGUUUAUAAAAUGACCGGCUUAGUGCGUAGUUAUACAUUAGAAUGUAAUUACAAUUCUGGCCGAUUAGUUAAUACAAUACCUGCGAGAAUACGUGACCUUGCAUUUAAAUCAACGGGGCACAUGUUUAUGCCUCCAAAAUAUACACCAACUGUGUUCGAAGAGGUUGGAGCAGCAUUAGGUCCGUCGAUAUUGGACCUAACAAAUAGCAAUCCUAAUAGUCGUUUGCCAAAUAGUCAAUAUCGAUCGUUAAGGGGAGUAAAAUCAUAUUUGAAGUUGACUUAUGUCAAUAAUCUUACCAGUGCUAUCAACAAACCACGAUCGAAGCAUCAAUCAAUUCACGAAAAUACGCUGAAGGAUACGUGUAUUGAGAACGUUAUAACAACGGUGAAUAAUUUGCCAUUGGAAGAAGUAUCAAAUGAUAGUGAUAAAGACGACAAAACUAGUCCAGUCAAAUCACGAAUCGUUCGAAGAACAUCAUCUCUGUGCAGUUCAGUAAAACGAAUCAAAAGUGGAAAGCGAAGUGCCCGUCAACUGCCAACAACAAAUCGUAAGUCUCUGAAGAAUCAACGUCGAAUAAUGAAUAAUCUCGAAAAUGGUCAGAUGAUUUCUAAAAUCAGAUCAUCACGGCUUGGUGUGAAGACUGCCGCUCUUAAGCCAUCAGUUGGACGUCGUCUUCUAGCGGACAAAAGUCAUCUUCAAAAAAUCAUCAAGCAUCCCACUGAUAAGGAAAUAAUUACUGAGCAAACAUCAAUAAUUAGAAAUGGUACUAAACGACUUAAAAUUUUAAAAGUCCGAUCAGAAAUGGGGGAAUCAUCCAAGUCAACGUCAUCGCCACCACCAGUCUCGUCAUCAUCACUAUCAUCAACUGGUGAGAAUUCAACAUCUAAAUCGAAAAGAGUCGGCUUUACUCGUGAUAAAAGAACUAAAGGAAAGUUCUCGCGUUUAAGAAAAUCCGAACAAGUUAAACCACGCAAAUCGUCUUCCGGUAAGCUCAUAAAUAAAUUUUAGACAUUGGCGUGUGUUUACAAAAAUUUUAUAAUGAUAAUUAUUUAUUU